AGGGGAAGAAGGUGGUAUUUGUAACAAACAACAGUACCAAGUCCAGGGAUAUGUAUGGAGACAAAAUGGCCGGCAUGGGGUUCAAAGGCAUCACACCGGAUAUGGUCAUCGGCUCUGCCUUUGCCGCGGCCUACUACAUCAAGCACGAAAUGAAGCUCACAGGGAAGGUCUACGUGAUUGGCGAGAAGGGUAUUGCUGUGUCCAUGGCGGAGGAAGGGAUCACUAUAGCUGGAAUGGAGGAAGACAACCACGUGUGGGAUCCCGUUGCCAUGGAGAAUUGGGAGCCUGAUCCGGAAGUGGCGGCUGUGCUGUUCGGUCUGGAUACUGAAAUGAACUACACUAAGGUGACGAAAGCAACUAGAUACUUGAGCAACCCAGAUGUGAAAUUCAUUGCAACAAACGCCGAUAUGACCUUCCCCUUCCGAACCUUCAAGGCCCCUGGCACUGGUGCGAUGUUGGCUCUGCUCAAAGCAGCAACCGGCCGUGAUCCGCUUGUCACUGGAAAGCCCAACAAGCCCAUGCGCGAUGUCGUGCUGCACAAGUUCGACCUUGACCCAUCCCGAACGCUGAUGAUCGGCGAUCGUUUAGAUACCGAUAUUGAAUUUGGCCUGCAAGGAGGCAUGAAGACGCUGAUGGUUCUAUCAGGCAUCUCAACGGAAGCCGAGAUUCAGAAACCUGGCGCUCCGACAGUACCGCACUUCUAUGCAGAUUCCAUCGCGGCCCUCAAAGACUAGCUACUGAGUAUAGAAUCAGGUAUCGCAAUAAAGUAAAAAUUUAGUGAC